UACUGAGUGAGCUGUGAUUGGUCACAGCUUGUCACAUGGUACAAGGCUGUUGUGAAUAGUCCUGUACCAUGUGACCUCUGUGAUCAUUCACACAUUUCACACGUAGUAAGCAAUGAUGUCACAAGUGACAUCUUGCUUACUACUCUGCAUGUGAUCACUGAUUGGCCAAUCAGUGAUCACAUGAUCGGGACCUCACACAGAGGUCUCGUACAGCGAUCGGUGUUCAGACACAGGGGGCACCGGAUCCUGAUGCCGCGCGCUCCCAGGGAGUGCGCACAAGCAGGGAAGCGGAAGGACAUUUAUAAAGGGCCGUUC